AUGUCGCGUGCCUCCUCAAGCACAGCUAGCAAUGAAGAUACCCUCGAGCUAGAAGCCGCUGGCUACGUCCAAGCCAUGCCGCGCCGCUUCUCGCUCUGGUCAUUAGGCGCACUGUCAUUUACUCUGACAUGUACAUGGCUCGGAACCGGAUCUUCAAUCGGAAUCAGUUUGACUGAGGCGUCUUCCGCUGGGACCUUAUGGUCGCUGCCUAUCGCUGGCGUGAUGACCACCAUCGUGUCGCUGGGUAUGGCUGAGCUUGCAUCGGCGUAUCCUGUUGCUGGGGCGCAGUACUAUUGGUCUUUUAUGGUUGCGCGAGACGACUACAAGCCUUUCGCAUCCUAUCUAAAUGGUUGGAUGAGCGUUAUCGGCUGGUGGCUUGCCUCAAGCUCAGUCUCCAACUUCGUCUCAUCUAUGAUCCUCGAUAUCGUUGGUGCAUGGCAUCCAGACUGGGAUCAAAAGCGAUGGCACCAGUAUCUGAUAUACGUCGCUUUAAUAUGGAUCGCCACAGCCGCCAAUAUUUUCACAGCGCAGUGGAUUCCUCUUUUCAACAAGAUGGUCUUCAUCUUAUCUGUCCUAACUCUCAGCGCGACUACGAUUACGCUCUUUGUCGUAACGAAAGAACAUUCGUCAGCUGAAUUUAUCUUCAACGAUACUACCAACCGAACAGGCUGGUCAAGUGACGGGUUUGCAUUCAUGUUGGCAGUGGGUAAUGCAGUUUAUGCAUUUCUAGGCAGUGAUUGCGGAGCUCAUCUUUGUGAAGAGAUACCAAAUCCAGCCAAGAACGUGCCCAAAGUCAUGAUAUAUCCGUUACUCAUGGGUUUACUAACCGCGUUCCCUUUUGCAGCGGCUCUGAUGUAUGCCAUUUCCGAUUUGCCAGCUGUGCUCAACACAACAACUGGGUUGCCGCUCUUUGAGAUUUACUAUCAAGGAACGGGGUCUAGACCAGCUGCGUCGGUACUGAUGUCGCUGUUCGCGUUCUGUUUCUUUGCUAAUCUGGUGGCCAAUGCGACAACUUCGUCUCGUACGCUCUGGGCCGUUUCACGUGACGGCGCCUUGCCAUACUCACAGUUUUGGGGCCGCGUUCAUUCCAGGUUCCAAGUUCCGGUCAACGCAUUGCUUCUUUCUGCUGUUUUCAUUACUCUAUACGGUCUCAUAUUCCUCGGUUCUUCGACCGCAUUUUCUGCCAUGGUCAGUGCGGCCAUCAUCUUUCUCCAAACCUCCUGCGUCAUUCCCCAAGCUGUUCUCCUUUACCGAGGGCGUGAUCGUGUCCUGCCAAUUCGGUACUUCAGUCUCGGUAGAUACGGCGCUGCCAUCAAUGGCAUCUCAGUCGCAUGGGUAGUAUUUCUCGAUAUCCUGUACUGUUUCCCGACUACCAUGCCCGUCACGCCCGAGAACAUGAGCUAUGUCUCGGUCGUCUUCACCGGACUGGUAGCGUUUGUCAUAGCCCUCUGGUUCACAACUAAAAAGGGCUCCUUCACGGGGCCUCAGAUCAAUUUGGAUCUUCUAAAUGCUCGACGGCUGGCGGCUGUUCAGACGUUGGAGGGCACUCGCCCAACGGCGGAAUACCAUGCCCUUCGAAGUUCAGAGAUUGUAAAGGAGGAUUAG